AUGCCGCCACGUCUGUCACGGAGGCUGGUACAGCUCCCGUUCUCUCUCGGGGCCGUCCUCCCGUCGGCGACCCCAAUCACCACCUCAAUCCGUACAUUCGGCAUCCGCUCCCUCAACCCACCCAAACCCUCCAAGUAUGAUACCGGGCCCGACCUGCCUUUGCUUCAGUCAACUCAGGCCGCAGCUCUCGCGCGGAAAUCGGCUACUCUUCCGCUACGUACAGGAGCUGUCACAAUCAAAAAGGGCAUGACCGCCGUUUACGACCCAGAAACCGGAAACCGCAUCCCCUGCACGGUCCUCCAACUUGACCGCGUCCAGGUCGUUGGGCACAAGACGGCAAAGGUACACGGGUAUUGGGCUGUGCAAAUCGGAUCGGGCUGGAAGCAUCCCAGCAACGUGACAAAGGCGAUGCUAGGCCAUUUCUCCGGGCAAGGUGUCUCGCCGAAACGACAUAUUUAUGAGUUCCGGGUCAAGGAUAAGAGUGGUCUUUUGCCUGUUGGGCAGCUUGUGAAUGCGGAUUGGUUUCAGGAAGGCCAGUUUGUGGAUGCGCGGUCAAAGACAAAGGGAAAGGGCUUUGCCGGUGUGAUGAAGCGACACGGAUUUGGAGGCCAGGACCGCAGUCACGGUGUCAGUUUGACGCAUCGAUCGCUUGGUUCUGCGGGCCCUAGUCAGGGUGGUGGUUCUCGAGUCUACCCUGGGAAGAAGAUGGCGGGAAACAUGGGCAAUGAGCAGCAUACUGAGCAGAAUCUCCAGGUCCUCAAAGUUGAUGCGGAGAAUGGAUUAGUUCUUGUCAAGGGUGCUGUGGGUGGUCCUCGAGGCUGCAUUGUCAGAAUUCAAGAUGCCAUCAAGAAGCCAUGGCCAACUUUUGAGCAAGCAACCGAGGUCUCGAAAUAA